AUGGAGCAAACAGUGCUUGUACCACCAGGACCUGACAGCUUCAACUUCUUCACCAGAGAAUCUCUUGCGGCUAUUGAAAGACGCAUUGCAGAAGAAAAGGCUAAGAAUCCCAAACCAGACAAGAAAGAUGAUGACGAAAAUGGCCCAAAGCCAAAUAGUGACUUGGAAGCUGGAAAGAACCUUCCUUUUAUUUAUGGAGACAUCCCUCCAGAGAUGGUGUCAGAGCCGCUGGAGGACCUGGACCCAUACUAUAUCAAUAAAAAAACUUUUAUAGUAUUGAAUAAAGGGAAGGCCAUCUUCCGGUUCAGUGCCACCUCUGCCCUGUACAUUUUAACUCCCUUCAAUCCUCUUAGGAAAAUAGCUAUUAAGAUUUUGGUACAUUCAUUAUUCAGCAUGCUAAUUAUGUGCACUAUUUUGACAAACUGUGUGUUUAUGACAAUGAGUAACCCUCCUGACUGGACAAAGAAUGUAGAGUACACCUUCACAGGAAUAUAUACUUUUGAAUCACUUAUAAAAAUUAUUGCAAGGGGCUUCUGUUUAGAAGACUUUACUUUCCUUCGAGACCCAUGGAACUGGCUCGACUUCACUGUCAUUACAUUCGCAUACGUGACAGAGUUUGUGGACCUGGGCAAUGUCUCAGCGCUAAGAACAUUCAGAGUUCUCCGAGCACUGAAAACAAUUUCAGUCAUCCCAGGCCUGAAGACCAUUGUGGGGGCCCUGAUCCAGUCAGUGAAGAAGCUCUCUGAUGUCAUGAUUCUGACUGUGUUCUGUCUGAGUGUGUUUGCACUGAUCGGGCUGCAGCUAUUCAUGGGCAACCUGCGGAAUAAAUGUGUACAAUGGCCUCCCACCAAUGCUUCUCUAGAGGAACAUAGUAUAGAGAGGAAUAUAACUGUGAAUUAUAAUGGCACGCUUGUCAACGAAACUCUCAUUGAGUUUGACUGGAAAUCAUAUAUUCAAGAUUCAAGAUAUCAUUAUUUUCUGGAGGGUAUUUUGGAUGCACUCCUAUGUGGAAAUAGCUCUGAUGCAGGUCAAUGUCCAGAAGGAUAUAUGUGUGUGAAAGCUGGUAGAAAUCCUAAUUAUGGCUACACAAGCUUUGAUACCUUCAGUUGGGCUUUUUUGUCUCUGUUUCGACUGAUGACUCAGGACUUCUGGGAAAAUCUUUAUCAGCUGACAUUACGUGCUGCAGGAAAAACAUACAUGAUAUUUUUUGUGCUGGUCAUUUUCUUGGGCUCAUUCUAUCUGAUAAAUUUGAUCCUGGCUGUGGUGGCCAUGGCCUACGAGGAACAGAAUCAGGCCACCUUGGAAGAAGCAGAACAGAAAGAGGCUGAAUUUCAGCAGAUGCUCGAACAGCUUAAAAAGCAACAGGAGGCAGCUCAGCAGGCAGCAGCUGUAACUGCCUCAGAGCAUUCCAGAGAACCUAGUGCCGCCGGGGGGCUCUCCGACAGCUCAUCUGAAGCAUCCAAGUUGAGUUCCAAGAGUGCUAAGGAAAGAAGAAACCGGAGAAAGAAAAGAAAACAGAAAGAGCAGUCAGGUGGGGAAGAGAAAGAUGAGGAUGAAUUCCAUAAAUCUGAAUCUGAAGACAGCAUCAGGAGGAAAGGGUUUCGCUUCUCCAUAGAAGGGAACAGAUUGACCUAUGAAAAGAGGUACUCCUCCCCGCACCAGUCUUUGUUGAGCAUCCGUGGCUCCCUAUUUUCUCCAAGGCGAAAUAGCAGAACAAGCCUUUUCAGCUUUAGAGGGCGAGCAAAGGAUGUGGGAUCAGAGAAUGACUUUGCGGAUGAUGAGCACAGUACGUUUGAGGAUAACGAGAGCCGGAGAGACUCCUUGUUUGUGCCACGACGACACGGAGAGCGACGCAACAGUAACCUGAGUCAGACCAGUAGGUCUUCCCGGAUGCUGGCAGUGUUUCCAGCGAAUGGGAAGAUGCACAGCACUGUGGAUUGCAAUGGUGUGGUUUCCUUGGUUGGUGGACCUUCAGUUCCUACAUCGCCUGUUGGACAGCUUCUGCCAGAGGUGAUAAUAGAUAAGCCAGCUACUGAUGACAAUGGAACAACCACCGAAACUGAGAUGAGGAAGAGAAGGUCAAGUUCUUUCCAUGUUUCCAUGGACUUUCUAGAAGAUCCUUCCCAAAGGCAAAGAGCAAUGAGCAUAGCCAGCAUUUUAACAAAUACAGUAGAAGAACUUGAAGAAUCCAGACAGAAAUGCCCACCCUGUUGGUAUAAAUUUUCCAACAUAUUCUUAAUCUGGGACUGUUCACCAUACUGGUUAAAAGUGAAACAUAUUGUCAACCUGGUUGUAAUGGACCCAUUUGUUGACCUGGCCAUCACCAUCUGUAUUGUCUUAAAUACCCUUUUCAUGGCCAUGGAGCACUAUCCAAUGACGGAACAUUUCAAUAAUGUGCUUACAGUAGGAAACUUGGUUUUCACUGGAAUCUUUACAGCAGAAAUGUUCCUGAAAAUUAUUGCCAUGGAUCCUUACUAUUAUUUCCAAGAAGGCUGGAAUAUCUUUGAUGGUUUUAUUGUGACACUUAGCCUGGUUGAACUUGGCCUCGCCAAUGUGGAAGGAUUAUCAGUUCUCCGUUCAUUCCGACUGCUCCGAGUUUUCAAGUUGGCAAAAUCUUGGCCAACAUUGAAUAUGCUGAUAAAGAUCAUUGGCAACUCAGUGGGGGCUCUGGGUAACCUCACCUUGGUGUUGGCCAUCAUUGUCUUCAUUUUUGCUGUGGUCGGCAUGCAGCUCUUUGGUAAGAGCUACAAAGAUUGUGUCUGCAAGAUCUCUACCAGCUGUGAGCUCCCACGCUGGCACAUGAAUGACUUCUUCCACUCCUUUCUAAUUGUCUUCCGCGUGCUGUGUGGGGAGUGGAUAGAAACCAUGUGGGACUGCAUGGAGGUCGCUGGUCAAGCCAUGUGCCUUACUGUCUUCAUGAUGGUCAUGGUGAUUGGAAACUUGGUGGUCCUGAACCUCUUUCUGGCCUUGCUACUGAGCUCAUUUAGUGCAGACAAUCUUGCAGCCACAGAUGAUGAUAAUGAAAUGAACAAUCUCCAAAUAGCUGUGGACAGGAUGCACAAGGGAGUAGCUUACGUGAAGAGAAAAAUAUAUGAAUUCAUUCAACAAUCCUUUGUUAGGAAACAAAAGAUUUUAGAUGAAAUUAAACCACUUGAUGAUCUAAACAAUAAGAAAGACAGUUGUAUGUCCAAUCAUACAACAGAAAUUGGAAAAGAUCUUGACUAUCUUAAAGACGUGAAUGGAACCACAAGUGGAAUAGGAACCGGCAGCAGUGUUGAAAAAUACAUUAUUGAUGAAAGCGAUUACAUGUCAUUCAUAAACAAUCCCAGUCUUACUGUGACUGUACCAAUCGCUGUAGGAGAGUCUGACUUUGAAAACUUAAACACAGAGGACUUCAGUAGUGAAUCAGAUCUGGAAGAAAGCAAAGAGAAACUCAAUGAAAGCAGUAGCUCCUCUGAAGGCAGCACUGUAGACAUUGGUGCACCUGCAGAAGAACAGCCUAUAGUGGAACCGGAGGAAACCCUUGAACCUGAGGCCUGUUUCACUGAAGGCUGUGUACAAAGAUUUAAAUGUUGUCAAAUCAGUGUAGAAGAAGGGAGAGGAAAACAAUGGUGGAACCUGAGAAGAACAUGUUUCCGAAUAGUUGAACAUAACUGGUUUGAGACCUUCAUUGUUUUCAUGAUUCUCCUUAGUAGUGGUGCACUGGCAUUUGAAGACAUAUAUAUUGAUCAGAGAAAGACAAUUAAGACAAUGUUGGAAUAUGCUGACAAGGUUUUCACUUACAUUUUCAUUCUGGAAAUGCUUCUAAAAUGGGUGGCAUAUGGCUAUCAAACAUAUUUCACCAAUGCCUGGUGUUGGCUAGACUUCUUAAUUGUUGAUGUUUCAUUGGUCAGUUUAACAGCAAACGCCUUGGGUUACUCAGAACUUGGUGCCAUCAAAUCUCUCAGGACACUAAGAGCUCUGAGACCUCUAAGAGCCUUAUCGCGAUUUGAAGGGAUGAGGGUGGUUGUGAAUGCCCUUUUAGGAGCAAUUCCAUCCAUCAUGAAUGUGCUUCUGGUUUGUCUUAUAUUCUGGCUAAUUUUCAGCAUCAUGGGCGUAAAUUUGUUUGCUGGCAAAUUCUACCACUGUAUUAACACCACAACUGGUGACAUGUUUGACAUCACCGAAGUGAAUAAUCAUUCUGAUUGCCUAAAACUAAUAGAAAGAAAUGAGACUGCCCGAUGGAAAAAUGUGAAAGUAAACUUUGAUAAUGUAGGAUUUGGGUAUCUCUCUUUGCUUCAAGUUGCCACAUUUAAGGGAUGGAUGGAUAUAAUGUAUGCAGCAGUUGAUUCCAGAAAUGUUGAACUCCAGCCUAAGUAUGAGGAAAGUCUAUACAUGUAUCUUUACUUUGUUAUUUUCAUCAUCUUUGGGUCCUUCUUCACCUUGAACCUGUUUAUUGGUGUUAUCAUAGAUAAUUUCAACCAGCAAAAAAAGAAGUUUGGAGGUCAAGACAUCUUCAUGACAGAAGAACAGAAGAAAUACUAUAAUGCCAUGAAAAAAUUAGGAUCGAAAAAGCCACAAAAGCCUAUACCACGACCAGGAAACAAAUUUCAAGGAAUGGUCUUUGACUUUGUAACCAGACAAGUUUUUGACAUAAGCAUCAUGAUUCUCAUCUGUCUCAACAUGGUCACAAUGAUGGUAGAAACAGAUGACCAGAGUGAAUAUGUGACUAACAUUUUGUCACGCAUCAACCUGGUGUUCAUUGUGUUGUUCACUGGAGAGUGUGUGCUGAAGCUCAUCUCCCUCCGCCAUUAUUAUUUUACCAUAGGCUGGAAUAUUUUUGAUUUUGUGGUUGUCAUUCUCUCCAUUGUAGGCAUGUUUCUCGCUGAGCUGAUAGAAAAAUACUUUGUGUCCCCCACCCUGUUCCGAGUGAUCCGGCUCGCCAGGAUCGGUCGAAUCUUGCGUCUGAUCAAAGGGGCCAAGGGGAUCCGCACACUGCUCUUUGCUCUGAUGAUGUCCCUCCCUGCCUUGUUUAACAUCGGCCUCCUGCUCUUCCUGGUCAUGUUCAUCUACGCCAUCUUUGGAAUGUCCAACUUUGCCUAUGUCAAGAGGGAAGUUGGAAUUGAUGACAUGUUCAACUUUGAGACCUUUGGCAACAGCAUGAUCUGCUUGUUCCAAAUUACCACCUCGGCUGGCUGGGAUGGAUUGCUAGCACCUAUUCUCAACAGUAAACCACCCGAUUGUGAUCCUAAUAAAGUUAAUCCUGGAAGCUCAGUUAAGGGAGACUGUGGGAACCCCUCUGUGGGGAUUUUCUUUUUUGUCAGUUACAUCAUCAUCUCCUUUCUGGUUGUGGUGAACAUGUACAUCGCUGUCAUCCUGGAGAACUUCAGUGUUGCUACUGAGGAGAGUGCAGAGCCCCUGAGCGAGGAUGACUUUGAGAUGUUCUAUGAGGUUUGGGAGAAGUUUGAUCCUGAUGCCACCCAGUUCAUGGAAUUUGAAAAACUGUCUCAGUUUGCAGCUGCUCUUGAACCCCCACUCAAUUUGCCACAACCGAACAAACUCCAGCUCAUUGCCAUGGACCUGCCCAUGGUCAGUGGGGACCGGAUCCACUGUCUUGACAUCUUAUUUGCUUUUACAAAGCGGGUCCUGGGAGAGAGCGGGGAGAUGGAUGCCCUCCGAAUACAGAUGGAGGAGCGAUUCAUGGCUUCCAACCCAUCAAAGGUCUCUUAUCAGCCAAUAACUACGACUUUAAAACGGAAACAAGAGGAGGUGUCUGCUGUGAUCAUUCAGCGUGCUUACAGGCGCCACCUUUUGAAGCGAACUGUAAAACAAGCUUCGUUUACGUAUAAUAAAAAUAAAAUCAAAGGUGGGGCUAAUCUUCUUGUAAAAGAAGACAUGAUAAUUGACAGAAUCAAUGAAAACUCGAUUACGGAAAAAACCGAACUGACCAUGUCCACCGCAGCUUGUCCACCUUCCUACGAUCGGGUAACAAAGCCAAUUGUGGAAAAACAUGAGCAAGAAGGCAAAGAUGAAAAAGCCAAAGGGAAAUAAAGUGCAAAUAAAUAGGCAUGUUGAGGUGACACAUUGUUUACAGCCUGUGAAGGUGAUGUAUUUUUGUCCACAGGACUCCUUUCGGAGGUCAAUGCCAAACUGACUGUUUUUACACAAAUCUACUUAAGGUCAGUGCCUACAAUAAGACAGUGACCCCUUGUCAGAAAACUGUGACUCUGGGUAAAGGGGAGACGACCUCGACAGGAGGUUACUGUUCUCACUACCAGCUGACACUGCUGAAGACAAGAGAUCAAAUGGCUACUCGGACUGGAGGGACCAGUUCAAAGGGGUGCAAACCUAUAAUUUGGGGGUUAACAUGAAACACUUUAGUGUAGUAAUUGUAUCCACUCUUUGCAUCUCAACUGCCACAUUUGUCACAUUUUUACGAAAUCUGUUAGGGGAUUCAUCUUUUUUUUAAUCCAUGUGUUGUUUAUUAUACGUGACUAUUUUUGUAAAUGGGGUUUCUGUCGUGAAAUAGACAAAGGGCCUCUUCAACGGGUAUGCCCCCAGGGGUGAGCGCAAUCACGUGGCCUCCCAUCUGCACAAAGGUGUGGUUUGCAUGAGGGCAUGCUGCACUUAGAGAUCAUGCAUGAAAAAAAAAAGUCACAAGGAAUACAAUGAGUUCUUAAAUUCCAUCCAUGUUUCUGGGAGGGGUAAUUGGGUGAUAAUUGGAGGUGCUUUGCAGAUCUUGUUUUUGUCAAAUCCAGCUCCCCGACCAAGUAGAUCAUUUCUGGGGGGGUUGGCCAUUAAACCUUAGCAGGUGCAAACUUCAUUCAACUGUCUGGAGUCAUAAAUGUUGUGUUUCUGUUUAUUGUAUUUAAAAACAAACAACAACUGAGAAAUGAGCAUCGCUUCUCCUCUGAAGACUGAAUUGACCAAAAGAACCCUUUAUAAAUUUCUGCUUAAUCCUGCACUUUGGUUGGCCAUCUUCAGCUCAGCAAGGUUGACAACCGUAUAUGUUAAUGAAAUGCUAUUUAUUAUGUAAAUAGUCAUUUUACCCUGUGGUGCACGUUUGGGCAAACAAAUAAUGACCUAAGCACAGUAUUUAUUGCAUCAAAUACGUACCACAAGAAAUGUAGAGUGCAAGCUUUACACAGGUAAUAUAAUGUAUUCUGUACCAUUAGAGAUAGUUUGGAUGCUCUCAAUGCAUGUCUAUAUUACCAUGCUGCUGUAUCUGGUUUCUCCCAUUGCUCAGAAUCUCAUUUAUGGGAAACCAUAUGUCAGUGGUAAAGUCAAGGAAAUUGUUCAACAGAUCUCAUUUCUUUAAGUCAUUAAGCAAUAGUUUGCAGCACUUUAACAGCUUUUUGGUUAUUUUUAAAUUUUAAGUGGAUAACAUAUGGUGUAUAGCCAGACUGUACAGACAUGUUUAAAAAACAAACAAACAACAAACACUGCUUAACCUGUUAAAAAUGUGUUUAGAAUUUUAUAAGCAAAUAUAAAUACUGUAAAAAGUCAUUUUAUUUUAUUUUUCAGCAUUAUGUACAUAAAUAUGAAGAGGGAAUUAUCUUCGGGUUGAUAUCACGAUCACUUUUCUUACUUUCUGUCCAUAGUACUUUUUCAUGGAAGACAUUUGCUAACUAAGAAAUGAAAACAAGACUGGGUAGUUGUAGAUUUCUGCUUUUUUUUUAAAUUACAUCUGCUAAUUCUAGGUUAUCUCAUAAUUUUAAGGGGCAAAAUAGUUUCACAAGUCACUUCCAGACUAUGCUCUGCAAUUGGCAAAGGGCAUAAAAUUUUACUUACAUUUUUGGUAGUGCCUGCACAAGCUGAUUGAAGAUAAUGCUUAUUUUUCAUUUUUGUCGUUUUUCUUUCUAACUUGUUUUUAUUUUCAUUUCUUUGCAGUCAUGUUGCUCUAGAUUGCUGUAAAUACAAAGCGAGUUUCGCAGGGUUUUUUUUUCUUUUUUCCCACAAGAACAGAGUAGUGAACUCACAUAGACAAUUACAUCAGGAUAUUUUGUGUUUCUUACAGAAGCAAACCAUAGGCUCUUCUUUUUCUUAAAAUUACUUAGAUAACCUGUAUCCGUGAACUGCAUGCUGGAAAAUGCUAUUACCCUAAAUGAUGCUAACCAA